AUGUCAGAUUUAGACAAAACAGAAGUUAGAAGAGUAUCUGAAGCUGAUUAUGAUGAUGUAAUGUCAAUCAGAUCUACUCUUUAUGGUGGUUAUGAUUAUCUUCCGUUUUCGUACAGAUCACUUAUGACUCAUUCUCACAACGAAGGAUAUGCAGCAGUCAUCAAUGGAAAAUUUGUUGCGUUUUGUUUUGUUUCAAAAGUUGAUGGAGGCGAAACCGCUGUUUCUAGAGCAAGUCGGGUCAACAAACAAUACGAGGGUUUUGGCGUUUAUAAAGCUCUUACAUUAUUUAUAGAAAAACAUUUGUUCAGUGAUGGAACUGUUUUAAAUGGCGCUGUCGUUUAUAGUGAACGAAAUCCGAAGAUGGUGAUUGCAACAUCCAGGGGAGAAUAUACGUUAUUGAUGAAAAGGACAGUAAUUGUUUACAAGGUAGAUUGUGAAAAGAUGACAGUCCUUUCACAGGGAACACAUCCAACAAAACAUACUCAAAUUUUGAAUGCAGUUGAUCUUGAAACAGCUUUUAAGUCUAGUAAAGUAUGUUCAACUCUUUUCCCAGAGGAGCGAAUCGUGUGUAAUAAAGUACCAUAUAGACUCAAGGAAUCGAACAUACCACUUAUUAUUUCAGAAGUUUCUCUUAUUGUAGGUACUACUGACCCCGAAUGUAGCCUUAUUACUUGUGGAGUUUACUAUCGUUCUGAAAGCGGCCAUACAUAUUCACUUGAAGUUUAUGGAAAUUGUGAUUUUAUUAAAGAGCACUUGGUACUGCAUUUUCAACAUGCUUUACAAUGCUGCCACAAGGAAGUAGUCAUACACUUUUUCUGCAAUGAGAAUGAAGCAUCCAAAAUUGGUAUUGAAAUGAAAGAAAUGAAAUUCAGAAACGUUGAUAUCCAAUUCCCAACAGUAUUCGUUGUUGAAAAGAAAAUUAAAUAA